GGCAAGUUGAGGUAGCAAUAGCAAGCCUAGUGGUACUCAUCUAGUACUGCAAGUACGUCUGCAAAUCCCUAGCUAGAUCCAUCCAUCUUAAUUAGUUUGCCUCUACUGACCCGCUUGUUGCUCCUUUUUAUUAGAAGGAUAUAUACUAUACAUGGAGUCGCUAGGCUUGCUGGUUCUUCUCAUCGCCGCGGUGCUCGAGCUCGCCGGCGCCGACUCCGGCUGGAACAGCGCCCGCGCCACGUUCUACGGCGGCAACGACGCCUCCGGCACAAUGGGAGGAGCGUGCGGAUACGGCAACAUGUACAGCGCGGGGUACGGGACGAACACGGCAGCUCUGAGCACGGCGCUGUUCAACAACGGCCGGAGCUGCGGCGCGUGCUUCGAGAUCCGUUGCACCGGUGGCAGCAGCUGCCUGCCCGGCUCCGCCGUGGUGACGGCCACCAACUUCUGCCCGCCCAACUACGCGCUCCCCGGCAACAACGGCGGGUGGUGCAACCCGCCGCAGGCGCACUUCGACCUCGCCGAACCCGUGUUCACCCAGAUCGCCCAGGCCCACGCCGGCGUCGUGCCCGUCCAGUACAGGCGGGUGGCGUGUGCCAAGACGGGCGGCAUCCGGUUCACCAUCACCGGCCACUCCUUCUUCAACCUGGUACUGAUCACGAACGUCGGUGGCGCCGGUGACGUGACGGCCGUGUCGGUGAGGGGGUCGCGGACAGGGUGGCAGUCCAUGAGCCACAACUGGGGCGCCAACUGGCAGAGCGGCGCCAAGCUCGACGGCCAGCCGCUAUCGUUCCAGGUCACCACCAGCGACGACCGCACCGUCACGUCCACCAACGCCGUGCCAGCCAGCUGGACCUUCGGCCACACCUAUGUCGGCAACCAGUUCUAGCUGGCCGGCCACCGGCGCAAACUCUGUCGCGAUGACCAGACCCAGCGUGUGUGCGUCGCCGGAGGAGGGCUCUGUUUUGAAGCAGCUCUCUCGAGAGCGGCGGCAAUGCCUCUGCUGUUGUGGCGCGGUUACGUACAGUGACUUUACGUUUUUGCGCCCUGCUUUGCACUCAGUCGGCGUGCUUUGCAGGGAUGCUUGAAUCUUGAUUAGUCAAGGGCUCGAGCUCAGAAAAUUAAUUGCAUAUCUACGCUUGCUUGAACUGAUGGAAUGUAAUGGUGGCGACGUUUAUGUCCCGAGCUAAUUAUGUUUCCCU